CCUCAGCACAUCUGAGCCGCAGCCUUUGUGAAAGACGCUGGUUUGGUGACACACCAGCGCGUCCUGUCCCGCCUCAGGGCGGUGGAAACCGCGUGGGUUGUCAGCGUGUGUGCGUGGCUCAGACUGCCCGGCACACACGAGUCGGUUCUGGUGGGCUUGUUCGUAACUAUUAAUAUGCACUAAGUCUACAGCUUCCUCGCGAGGGGAAGUGGAGGGGCAGGCACUCUCUGGUGACCAGUGACAGGACCCGAGGGCAGGGCAUGAAGCUGAGUCAGAGAAGGUUUAAGGUUGGAUAUUAAAAAACAGGUUCUUGUCCCCAGAGGGUGGUUGGCAGCUGAACAGCCUCCCUGGGAGAGUGGUCACUGCAGCGGCCUGGCAGAGCCCCAGAAGCGUUCGGACAAUGCUCUUCAGGCGCCGGGUGUGACGCGUGAUUUUUCUGUGCGGGGCAGAAGUCAGACUCGAUGAUCCUUGGAACAACAGAAAUGGCCAACCAAGAAGAAGCAGAGAUACAAAUUUCGGAGUUAGAUUUACUGUCUAGCAUGUUUCCUUAUGAGGAAGAGUUUGCUGUGACAGACCAACUGGCUCUAGCUGAACUGAAACACUAUGUUGAAAAUGAGUCUGCGGAGGUGCCAUCUUCAAAAGUCCAGUUUAUACUGAACGUAAAGACAGAGGUGCCUAAUGCCUCUAUGGUGGAAUUCUCUAUGGCCUGUGCUUUACCAUUUAAAUAUCCAGCUGUUCUCCCUGAAAUUACUGUGAGGUCAUCAUUAUUAAGCCGCUCUCAGCAGAUUCUCCUGAACUCUGAUCUAAAAACAUAUUUGAUGCAAAACUUCAGUGGCGAGCCCUGCAUGCUGAGUGCGAGGGAGUGGGUUAAAGACCAUGCAGCUGCUUACAUUGACAAGGAUCUUUCAUCCUCAAUGACAGCCUCAGAUGCCACACAGUCAGAAGUCACCACGUUCACUCGAUUGUGGAUCUACAGUCAUCACAUUUACAACAAGCAAAAAAGAAAGAAUAUUAUUGACUGGGCGAAGGAGCUUUCUCUGUCAGGGUUUUGCAUGCCAGGGAAACCAGGUGUAGUUUGUGUAGAAGGUUUACAAAGUAGUUGUGAAGAGUUCUGGUCAAGGAUAAGAAGAUUAACAUGGAAAAGAAUUCUUAUUCGGCACAGAGAAGAUGUUUCUUUGGAAGGUGAAAGACAUGCUGAGAUCCAGAAGCAACGAAAAUUCUCAACUUUGGAAGAAAAAUGUUUUGAUGCACAUGGUGCCAGGGGAAACCAUAUGGACUUGGGGCAACUAUACCAUUUUUUAGAAGAAAAAGGAUGUGCUGACAUAUUUCAAAUGUACUUUGGAGUUGAAGGGCAUUGAAGGGGUUGAAGAUCAGCACAGGCCCCAACACCUACAUUUCCAAUUUAAUCCUCCUAACAGAUUCCCUAGUUUUUCUGCAGCUAUUGGCCAGAUAGGGGAUUAAUAAUUCAUGAUUUAUGGGAUUAAUCCAGUUUUCAAUGAAAACAAAUAUCCAGUGAAAUCCUGAAUAAUGAAAAUGUCUAUAGGAAUGCUUUAUGCACUUUCUGGUGUUAAGGAGAUUUAGGGUACAUACCUAUUUAAAAUGAAAGAAAAUGUGCUUGAUAACCUACUGGACAGUUACAGAACCAUAGAUGGAUGAACAGAUGGAAUAUGGUAAAUGAAUAUACAAAUAAAAGACAAAAAUGCAGAAUGGAUAUCUCAGGAAAAAGAACAUGAUGUUUACAUUACUUGUUACUGUUUAUGUACACUUAAUGAAAACUUUUUUUUAAGGCAAUUUUCUACUUUCUAUCUGAAAGUUUAGUAAGCCAUGAGAUCAAUAUUUUAUUUAAAAAAGAACAAAGGGAAGGAGCAAGCUUACAAGUCUUACCCAUGCUAUUAAGAUGAGCUAGGAUGCCUACUCUAAGGCCUAAGAAUUUUCUGUAGGUAAAUUGUGUGAGGUAAGAUAGAUACCAUGGUGGCUCCACUACAUCUGUUAUUUUGGUUUGUGUAAAAACAGCAGUGUACCUUAUGGCAUGUUCCAAAACUCUGCACCUGUCCUCAGCCUUCUGAGUUUGCAAGUUUUCACUCCUGUAAUAUGAAGUGCAUUAUGUUGCGCGUGUUUUUGAGUGGGAUUUCAACAAAGUUGUAUCAAUGAGUUCUAAUUUUGUGGAUACUGUAUCUAAACCCCA